AUGGCACCUGUAGCUGCGCAUCAACUGACACAACGGGCAAACGGUGUUGAUCGAGUGUAUCUGAGUGACAAAGAACUGAUUGCAAAUGAAGAGAUGAAAAAGCUGCAGACCGAGGUGGACGCCAACGCGAACGCAGUCGUCAACGAGGUGACUCACACCUUUGCCUGGAAUGAAGUCAUCUGGAGCAACGUCUUCAUCAUCGGUGGACUUCACGUGGCUGCACUCUACUCAAUGUAUCUCUUUGCCAUUGGUGAAAUCAAGUGGCAAAACAUUUUUGUGUCUUCUCUCUUUGGAUUCUUCUCUGCAAUUGGAGUCACCAUUGGGGCACAUCGUCUGUGGGCUCAUCGAGCAUUCAAAGCAAAGUGGCCACUGAGACUCAUUCUCGCCUUCUGCAACACCUGCGCUCUGGAGACGGACAUUUACGACUGGUGCCGUGAUCACCGUGUUCACCACAAGUUUUCCGAAACUAAUGCUGAUCCUCACAAUGCUAACCGGGGCUUCUUCUUUGCCCAUUGCGGUUGGCUGAUGGUGAAAAAGCACCCUGCCGUCACUGAAAAGGGCAGCAAAAUUGACCUGUCUGAUGUGCUGAACGACCCCAUUGUCGCCUUUCAGCGUCGGUACUACCUCGUGCUGGGACUCAUCUGCUGGGGCCUGAUCCCCACCUACCUGGGCGUCUACCUGUUCAAUGAGCGACCACUAAACUCCUUUCUCUUUAAUGUCAUCUUCCGUUACGUGUUUGUGCUCAAUGGUACGUGGAACGUAAACUCGGCUGCUCACAUUUUCGGCAACCGACCGUACAAUGUCAAGAUUAAUCCGCGAGAAAACAAGGCGGUCACAUACUUGUCUUUCGGAGAAGGCUAUCACAACUACCACCAUGCUUUUCCCUACGACUACUCGGCUUCAGAGUUUGGAUUUGAAAACAAUUUCAACAUGAGCACUGCGAUAAUUGACUUUUUUGCCAAAAUUGGUCAGGCGUAUGACUUGAAAAAGCCAAGUUACGAGACAGUCAGGGCCAAGAUUGAAAAGGACGGCGAUCACACAUUUGGAGGCAACACCACCUUCCUCAACACUCUCAUUGACUGGGCUUUUGGCAUCUGUGUCGCCUUCUCUAGCAUGCUUUCUGUGUUGGUAUUGCGUUUCAUUUUUACGGGCAGUUUCGCCAACAAAGUUUAA